GUCAUUAAAUUAAUACUUUUCGAUCAUAAAAGCCCUCGUCAAAAAUCACGGUCUGUACGUAAUAUCUAAUAAUGUCUGCGUAUGAAAUUUUCAAGAUUAUUAAUUUUUAUGAAUAAUAAGAUCUUACGAAAUUAUUUAGACAAGUGUGCUUGAAACAUUACAUAAUCUUACACUGAUUGUGGUUGACUUUCUUUAAAAAUCAGGCAAAACUUCUGCAUAGUUUGUCCAGGUUUGACACUUUGACAGUUGACAAAUAUAAACAACGUUCAAGCUUGUUAUAACGAUAAUUCUUGUGUGCGAAUUUCUACUUCAAGAAUGUUUAUUCAGUGAUACUAUUAGUCACUUUCCUGGCAAGGUUCUUGUAUUUGAUUUUUGGACGUUCGGGCCAACAUAACCUCAAAAUGAGUUCAAUUGAAGAACGUUUACAAAUAAAGCGUGAACCGCUGGAUAAAUGGUCAAUCCGUGAACAGUUGGCUCUAGCAGUGGCUCGUAACAUGGACCAGAAUUUAACAAGUGUGAGCCGAGCUUUAAAACCCUUUGGUGAACCCAACAGACCCCCUGAUUGGUUCCACCAGAAGAACUGUGCAGCCCAGUAUGGGGCUCUUUUAGCGAAUGUUGAAACACCUAAGAGGAAGAAAAGAACGUCUGGGGGCGAAGUCACUAUCGAAACCCCCGCCGAAGUCAUUCUACGCAAACUUUUGGCCGAGAGACAAGCUGAGCUCAAGAGACUACUAGCGGAAGAAAAAGCAGAAUAUCAGAAAUUGCAGAGAGAUAAAGCUCUGCUUCAGUCAGGUAACGUAAGUGAAGAACAACUGGAUAUUUGGUGUAAGGAAAUAGAUGAAGAGGAACACAGGAAGGAACAAGAAGCCCUGGCACACGAACAGUGGCUAAAGGAGAGGGAGUUACGAAAACAGGAAAUAGAAAGAGCGUGGAGACCAGUUAAGCCAUCCCCGGUGAUUGGUCAAAAACGUAAAAAUUCCGAAGCUAUGGACACAAUCCCAGAGAUGGAAAAUACAACAGAAGAACAGAAAAUCCUAGUGCAGGAGCCCCCUAAACCGGCCCUAUCGCCACUUCUGACAAGUCUUCUGAAAUCACCAUCACAAGUUCCAAACGUUACAACUUCCUCAAUAUUGCAUUCAGCGAUUACCAACCAACGGCCAACCAACACAACUACUAGCCCCAUGAUUGCCAGUCUUUUAAGCUCCUCAACUGGAGAAACAGUUUCUCCAGGAUUGCAACUUUUGGUUAGUACAGCUAUAGGACAAGAGCCAACCGGAGAAGAAACCCAACAACAGAAUGUCAAUACUAACGAUAUCCUCGAUGAUGCCAAUCUACAAAUUUUGAAAAUUGAUGACUUGGCGAGCAGUAUCUUGAUCCAGAAUGGCCCACUUCCAGAAAUAAAGAAUGACGUUGAUGUUAUCAUCUCCGAUUUGAUUGAGAACGCGCAGGAUAUAGUUGCAGAUCCGGAACAGCAUCUACAACUGGAUGGAAACGGUGAUCUUAAUCUAAAUUUGGAACUGGAAGAUUUCGAAGAGAGUGAAACUGAUAUGAAGGACGAAACCAAAGAAACAGAAAAACGGACGGAAACUACAACACCGGCAAUAGAUCCGUUUGAGUUCCAAGAAGAUCCGGAAGUUUUUGAACCCGCUAAACCUGCAACAGCCGUGAAAACAGACGCUUCUAAAACUAUGGUAGCACAGGACAGCGACGAUCGGUCACAAACUACUGACGAAGCCCCAAAUUCAGACAAUAAACACUUAACUUCAAAUGGCGAAGAAUCUCGGGAUGAACUGGUAGAAGUAAAAAACGAACCAACUGAUGAUUCCGAUAAGAAAGAUAAAAGCACAACUCCUGGAUCCGUCGAAAUUGUAGAAGUUGUAGUUAUGGAUGAUGAGGAUACUGACAAGGAAGUCAAUAAAACUGAAGAUCCAGCCCAUUCCGUUAAAGCGGAACCAAAGAAAGAAACAGCAGGGGAAAGUACAGAAGUUGCGGAAAUAAAAUCAGAAACAGACGCCAAAGUUUCAGAAAAUGAAAAAUCUAGUGUAGAGAUUGAGAAGAAAGACGAAAGGAAACUGGACGAGUCAACCACAUUGACUUCCGACUAUAACGAGGAAUUGUACGACGAUAUCAAUAUGGAAGUGAAAGUGGACAAGACCGGGAAAGCAAAGCGCGAUUAUUCCAGGACGAAGAAGAAGGACGAUAAAGAAUUUGAUGUUCUCUUGGCCAUUGAAAAGGCGCAAAGAGACGAAAGUGAGUUGGUUGAAGAGAGUUUCUCUGACCGGGAUUACAGCGAACUGGACCGUAAAGACAGCAAAUCGCGGAUUAAGAGCGAGAAUGAAAGAUCUAACAGUCCCUGGACGGAGGAGGAAGAUGUGUCUACAAUACGGACAAGGAGGCGACUUUCAACUCCUGCGACUCCGAUUGAUUCAGUUCCAGGAUCACCAGUUUCCAGUAUAUAUUUUUACGAUGAUGAUCGGGAGUAUCGCAAUUGGAAGAAGUCUAUAAUGCUUGUGUAUAGUAGAUUGGCUGCAAAUAAAUACGCGUCACUGUUUUCUAAACCGAUCACCGAUGACCAAGCUCCAGGGUAUCACAGUGUGGUGUAUAGACCCAUGGAUUUGUUGACGAUUAGAAAGAAUAUAGAGAAUGGGGCUAUAAGAACAACGCAGGAGUUUCAAAGAGACGUCCUUCUUAUGCUUAAUAAUGCAAUUAUGUAUAAUAAAACAAAUGAUACGGUUUAUAAUAUGGCGAGACAAAUGCAACAAGAGUCGAUGCAACAAAUACAGAUUUUGUUGCAAGCGCAAUCGCAGGAUUUGCCUGUUAGGAGGGAAACUAGGACUAGUGAGCCAGGGUGUAAGAGGAAGAGGGGUAAUGAGGAGAAUUCCAGGAGUAAGAAAAGGAAGGAUGAUUAGCAUUACGUUUUGCGGUAUUCGGAUAAGCUGUUUGAUUUUAGUGAUUUUUUCUAGUAUUAGUUUUAUUCAUAUUGAAAUAAAUAUGAACAAUUUUAUGCUCGUAUUGUUAGAAUUUUCGAAUACAAAUACUGAUGUACAGUUCUUUGUAGCUCGUGAUCAAAUACAUUAAUAUCCGUGUUUAAUAAAUGUAAGCAUAUCUACUUAGGAUUUCUUAUGUAAGCAUCGUUGUGUAAAUAUUUUUAUAUUAUGUAAUAUAAAAUACCUAUAACUUGUCGAUUUCUGUUACAUCAUUGAAGACAUGUGUAAUAAAUAAAAUUUAUUUUGAUGUACAAAUGAUGUUAAAAACAGUAUUUCAAAAUUAAAUUUGUAUCAAGAUUUCUGAAUAAAUGUUUUUUGGUAAA